CGAAACGCUAAUAAGUCGAUGUCUAAGCAUAAAUAUUCAGAAGUGGUGUUGCCUGCAUCUAUUAAUUAAAUUAAAUGAAUUGCCAAAAUUAUCAUAAUAAAAACCAAUUAAUUCAUAAAAUUUCAAGCUUAAUUUAAAUCAGGUAUUAGUGACGAUUUAGGUAAAAUAAAAACGGAACGAAUUUUAUUCAGAUUUACCCGCCAUUAUACUGAUUCGUUACUAUUGUCACGUGACCAUAACCUAAAGCAGCCAAUCAAAAUUCAAUGCUUAGGCGACAACCACAAUUUUGAGAAAUGGCUGACGAUAAAGAAGUUGAGAAAACUAUUGCUGAAGACUUGGUUGUUACCAAGUACAAACUAGCUGGACAAAUUGUUAAUCGUGUCCUGGAACAGGUCAUUGCGAAAUGUGUGCCUGAUGCAUCAGCCAGAGAAAUAUGCGAAUUUGGCGACAAGCUAAUUCUAGACGAGACUUCGAAGGUUUUCAAAAAAGAGAAAGAUUCUAAGAAGGGUAUAGCAUUCUCAACAUGUGUGUCGGUGAACAAUUGUAUAUGUCACUUCUCGCCGAUACCUAGCGAAAACGAUUACAUACUCAAAGAGGGUGAUCUCGCCAAGAUAGACCUAGGUGCACACAUUGAUGGAUUCAUUGCAGUAGUUGCCCACACUGUAAUAGUUGGUGGUGUGGAAGUAACAGGAAGAGCAGCAGAUGUUGUGCUUGCUGCUCACCUUGCUAGUGAAGCCGCCCUGAGGUUGUUGCGGCCCGGUAAUGAGAACUACGUCAUAACAGAUGCUGUGCAGAAGAUCACAGCAGAAUAUGGCUGCAAACCUGUAGAAGGCAUGCUUUCACAUCAACUGAAGCAGUUCCGUAUCGAUGGCGAGAAGAGCAUCAUACAGAACCCUUCUGAAGCACAGCGCAAGGAACAUGAGAAGGCAACUUUGGAAACCUAUGAAGUUUAUGCAAUGGAUGUUUUAGUGUCCACUGGAGAAGGCAUUGGCCGAGAAAUGGACACAAGGUGUACAAUAUACAAGAAAACUGAUGAGGUUUAUCAAUUGAAACUUAAAGCUUCAAGAAUGUUCUACAGUGAGGUCCGCAAUAAACAUGGCUCAAUGCCAUUCAACCUCCGAAGCUUUGACAAAGAGACCAGUGCGAGAUUAGGUGUUGUUGAAUGUGUCAACCACAAACUUAUUGAGCCUUUCCAGGUUCUGUAUGAGCGCCCCGGUGAGCUUGUGGCGCAGUUUAAAUUUACGGCCCUGUUGCUACCAAGUGGUACACAUCGUAUCACUGGCCUGCCAUUUGAUAAAAGUACAUGCAAGAGUGAGCGCAGUAUCAAGGACCCUGAACUCAAUGCACUCCUCAACUCAUCCGCGAAAUCUAACAAGAAGAAGAAAAAGAAAACUGGCGCCGAAGAACCUAUGGAAGUCGAAACUGUUGCCUAGCAACGGGAUGCCUUGCCCAGGACAUUAACGAAAUGAAAUCUACAGCUUCCUUCAACAUACUCUUUUAAGGAUACCUUUAUUACAAGCUGAUAAAAAAACAAAUAGAUAUUAAAUUUUACAUUUUAAAUCUGAUACAUUUUGGCUUGUUUAUAAAAUCGAAAAUUACAGUAGAGUCCACAUAUUCAUCUUUAAAACUAGGGGGACAAGCAACUUUUUUAUGUGGGGAUUUUGCAAUAGUAUGUAAUUCUAAAUACAAAAUAAGUGUGCUAUUGUACUGUAAUGAGAUGACUAACAUAAUGUUUUGCUUUGAAUCCUUAAUUCAUCACUGAAUCCUACAUGUUUGAAAUAGUACUUGUACAUAAAAUGACUGGACACUCCUAAGAAGUGUAAUUUGAACAGAAAGUAAUAAUAUAUCAAGACCAUUCCUUUGAAUGUUUGUUUUAGACCUUUUAAAAGUGCACAAAAUUUUAAUUCCUUUAUAAAAUUUGAUAUUACAUGAAUUGACAUUUUUAUUGAUUUGUUUGUAACAUUUGCGCAACUGUUUCAUAAUAUUGUUAAAGAUUUUCCUAAAAUUUACCGAAAUUGUAGUAUUCAUAAUAGUAUCUCUGUAACUGAAGUUUUUAACAUAGUUAUUCUUUGAAUUCAUAUAAAUCAGAUACCAUUAUUUUUUGUGAUGACACCAAGCUUUCUUUCAUAAAGAAUCUUAUAUAAAUUUAAAUAGGUAAUUAGUAAAAUGAUGGUUUUUUAUUAAAUUUGUGAUGGACAUUCAUGUUUUGUGAGGUCUUUGUUGUGUCAACUGCAAUAUUGUUGAAGCUUGGAAAUGUUUACAAUGUUUAUGGAGCAGAUCCUAUUAUUAGGUAAAGUUGUAAAGUAUGUGACACUGCAAGAAAGGAAUAAAUCAAACUGUGCCACAGUUGUGGGCUGUUUUUGUAAAUUUUAUUUUUUUAAUCAUUGCCCCAACACACCCUUUUGUAAGAGCAUUAACAAACUAUCAAUCAUACUGACCUAUAAUAAUUUUUUUUACCCCCGAAGGAAAGAAGGGGUGUUUUAAGUUUACGUGGCUUGUCUGUCUGUGGCAUUGUGAAGCUUAAAUAGAUAAGAAAUUUUCAAUUUUUUUUUUUUUAAUAAAGGUGACUUACGUGCUAGUGUUCCUAGACAUGUUUGAUGAAAGUUAGUUUAGCCAUUUACAAGUUAUGGGGGUGCAAAUGGGGAAGGGUAACCAAAGGUCUGCAAAUAUACUCAAGUGGGGUCUCAAAUGAAAGGGAAUGUUGAUGACUUAAUCAAGAGCUCUCUUAGCAAUAUAUAAUACCUAUAAAAAGUGAAAACUAAAAUAUAAAUUUACAAAACCUCUGACCAAAAAAACUAAGAUUUUAAUAGUAAUUAAUAACUAAGAUUUAGAUAUUAGUAGAUAGAUAAUAAAAGAAAUAAAAAUAUGUCACGUUGAGGGACCGAAAAAAUUUGGAACACUGGAAUUAUGCCUUCAACGGUAAACUUUGUUUUUUUUUAAUCAUUGCCUCACACUACAAUCCUUUUUUAAAAUAAUAUACUGAUCCAUAAUAAUUUUUAAUAGAUCACAUAGAUUUUUUUUCUUGCUGGUAUAUGCCUUUAAUUAACACAGUGCAUAGCAGCUAGCAGCUUUGUCUGUUUUUUGAUCACAUAACAUUUUUUGCAAAGGGUGGCGAAACUAAUUUAUGGAGAUGGAUGUUCAUGACAGCCUAGAUUUUGAUGUCAUACAGAGGAAAAAAGUGAUAAAAAAAUGUUAAGGCAACUUUUAAUCAAUAGUAAAAAACUAAGGAUGUUAGCACCAAUUUUAAACAUUUUUUGAAUACUGCAUUAUGUGAAACAUCUUGUCUCACAAAAUACUAUAAAUUUAUUAAAUUUAUGAAACUCAUGAUCACAAAAAUGAACAAACUCCAUUUUUAAGCUUUUAUUUUAAAUAAACAAUUCCAUUUGAAAUAAAUACAUACAAUCUACUAUACAAUUUCAUUUAUUUUCUUGCAUAGGAGGACUUACACUUUGCUCACCUGCAUCUAGAGCAGAGUUAAUAUACUCAUAUGCCUUACUUGCAGCAUUACUGGUAUGUGUAGGAAGAUCAACCAAGAAACUAAAUGUAGCCUUUACUCCAUUAUUCCAAUAGUGCUUGAAAAGGUAUGAAACUCUAUCAUUUGUGGGUAAAGGUGUCACCUCGUAAGGUAUUUGUUUUUUAAGUUCUCCGACAUAAGGAGAAACUCCUUUUUCGAGUUCAUCGUACAAUGCAGAAGUGGUAGCACUAUCUUUCCAAACACCUUUAUCAAUAGUGUAAUACACUGCUGAACCCAAAACCGCUGAUUUUAUCCCGAAUUUUAUCAUUUUUUUCGGUUAAUUCGUCAUAAAAUUAUAAUAUUAUUUUGUAUAUUUACUUCAAAAUUAUGUAAUUUUCGAAGUAACUUAACCUUAAUUUUUGUUUAAACUGACAUUGACAGAUCAGUAAAUUGUCAGGUUCACCAGUGCGCAUAGUAAAUUAAUCUAUGCGAG